AAACCACGCGACUUCGACAGUUCAUAGUGUUCUUGUGCACGCGGGUGCUUGUUGUGAAUGCUGUCAUGUUGCCUUAUCAGGCGGUGGCUAUGGACUACGCGGUGACGUCCAGCUUCCAAAGGCAAACACCUAUAGGACUUGGUGUCAACAUCAACCCGGCUUUCACGCACUCCUGGAAUUUUGUACAACACAACAUCAUGAGGCAAGACGGAGAAAAUAACACACUUUUGUCUUGUCCCAUACUCGAGUUGAGAAAAGAGAAAAGCAGGGACGCCGCCAGAUCGAGAAGAGGGAAAGAAAAUUUUGAAUUCUAUGAACUCGCAAAAAUGUUACCUCUGCCGGCUGCGAUUACGUCUCAAUUAGACAAGGCUAGCAUAAUCAGACUAACAAUAUCGUACCUGAAACUUCGUGAUUUUUCCGGUCACGGCGAUCCCCCAUGGAAUCGAGACGGACCUCCGCCAAACAAAUCUAUUAAAACUGGAAGAAAUAGAUCUUCUGCCGGACUAGCGAUGGACAUUUUCGAACAACACCAGGGAACGCAUAUAUUACAGUCUCUGGAUGGAUUUGCCUUGGCGUUAGCGGCAGACGGUCGGUUUUUAUAUAUAUCGGAGACGGUGUCAAUAUACUUGGGCCUUUCGCAGGUUGAAAUGACGGGAAGUAGCGUAUUUGAUUACAUACAUCAUUUAGAUCACUCUGAAAUAGCGGAACAUCUUGGACUUGGAUUGUCGCAGAGUCAAAAUUUAGCAUCGCCCGGAAGUGGUUCAGAAGAAGGUGCUUCCACAACCGGAACUAACAAUCCCGAUGUAUCAACCAUAAUGUCGCUCUCCGGAAGUCCACCUUACAAAGGACUAGAAAGGGCGUUCUGUGUUAGAAUGAAAUCAACGUUAACAAAACGAGGUUGUCACUUCAAAACGUCAGGGUAUAGAGUUGUGUUAAUGUUAUGUCACCUUCGACCGCAAUACACUUUUUCACACUCCCGCAAGUCCCAGCCUCCUCUUCUAGGAAUGGUAGGUUUAGCAAUAGCGCUUCCGCCUCCAAGUGUGCACGAAAUACGCUUGGAAUCAGACAUGUUCGUCACUCGGAUAAACUUUGACUUUCGGAUAGCGCACUGUGAACCAAAGGUGUCAGAUAUCUUAGAUUACACUGCAGAUGAGCUUACGGGAAAGAACCUAUACACUCUAUGCCAUGGAGAAGAUGCAAACAAACUAAGAAAGUCACAUGUUGAUCUCAUUAACAAAGGGCAAGUGUUAACACACUACUAUCGCCUUAUGAACAAAACUGGAGGAUAUACGUGGCUACAAACCUGCGCUACAGUCGUUUGCAACUCAAAAAAUGUGGACGAACAAAACAUAAUCUGUGUAAACUAUGUGAUAAGCGGGAGGGAGUACGAGAACGUCAUAAUGGACUGCUGUCAGUUGGAGGAAAAUUCUCAUACCGUAAAGCGAGAGGAGACCAGCGGGAACGACCCGGAGAACGGAUCGCCGGACGCCGAUCGUGGAGAUGAUCGCAGCAGUGGAGCCCCGCCUAAUCCACCACAAGAACCACCUCACGGAAUGGAGGAUGGAAGCGCGGAAGAAGCUGGGGACCCUCGAACGCGACGAGUAGAACAUUUAUCGCAGUUGCAGACCACAUCAGACAGCCAGCAGCGAAAGUCGACAAGCUCCCAAAGAGCGGCCAAACGGAAAGCAACUCAGGACGCUAGUGGUUCUUCGGAAGACGAAGAUGAUUCGGCGCAUCAACGUAACAUGGUGCUUAGUCCGGCUUCUUCAUCCUGCCAUUCGACAGGGGGAACACACGCUAUCACGGUAGAGUCCAACGGUACUAGUCCAAAAACGCACGAAGAAACUACGAGUACUUCUGUGAAAGAUUUAGAAAAUGCGAUGUCAAAACACCUGCCAGCCUGCAAGUCGCCGGUUCAUCAACCCACAGAUUUCAGUACGGAUGCUUUGUUAAAGCAACAACAGCGAACAACUAUUCAAUGGAUCGGUGCCCAUCAUCAACAACUGCAACAGCAAGGUCCAUUACCGGCCUCUGCGUUACUUAGACAAUUAUACGCUAAUCGCGAGAGUGUUAUUCGCGCAAACGUACACGGUAUAACUGGUGGUACAACACGUCCGACAGGUGCGUCGUCGUAUUAUGGAUCAGAGGCGCAGGUAGGUACCUUGCCUACACCUCCGGGUAGUGAAGGCUCAUCUUCAUAUAGUGAUCAUCAAUUUUUAUUAUCGCAACAUCAGAACUAUUCAACCGGUUAUACUAUGGACUAUCAUUCCGCAAUGACUCCUCCGUCCAGUGUCUCCCCACGUGACAAACAUCAACAAAUUCAUAGUGGUGUAACGUUUGAAACUCCUAUGUACCAAGACGUUUUGCGGCAUCAAUAUACAGAUAGCCCACUUCCCCUAAAGCCACAGGUGUAUUCCUACGUAGAUCAACCACAGUUUUAUCAUCACGGAGCAACGAGUGCCAGUUUUCAUUUGUAUCAUCCUGGCAAAGGUGCGCCAACAACUCCUACAAACUGGUAUUCGUCUUCAUAGUAAAUUAUUUACUUUAUUCAAGACUCAAUAGAGUGCUUGUGCAAAUGUGUUCCUUAAACUGGCAAAUCUCAAGGUUUGAGUUUACCACAUCACUGGCGAAAUAAAUUUGAUCACUUAGGGAAUAUUGACAUUGGGGAUACUAUAAGAAUUUUUAAACCAAAGAACAUAAUAUUGAAACUGAAUAAUUAACUCGUUUUUGGGUUACACGCUCUUAUCUAUAGGGUUUUAGUUGAAAAUGUGUCCUUAAAUAGUACACAAAAAUUUUAAGUUUUAGCAGAUUAACGUGCUUAGUGCAAGUCUAAAAGUGCCAACUUGAUAAAAA